UCGCACGGCCGUUGAGCACGUUUCGUUGCGGUGCUGCACGGUGCACGAGGCUCGGCGCUUGCCUGUGCGUCUCUUUUCUCUCGAGAGGCUUUGUCGGAAGCGAGAGAGAGGGAGAGAGAGAGGCGUGAAGAUCGAUCAGCGAAAGGGCGUCCCACACUCGUUGUCGGGCACCGUGCCCUCGACCGAGCGGAGGCUGAGUCGGGCUGAAUGGAGCGGAGUCGUCAAACUCGGGCGGCCUGGUGCCAAUAACCUCCGAGCUAGACCCGGCGGCUCAGGAUGCGUUUGCCCUCGUGCGCGAUAGAUCGUAAAAUUAGACGCUCGAGGGCGCACUCGAAGGUUAAAGGGAUCCGGAGGAUCAAGCAAAAGGGCGAGGACGAAGCGAACGAGGAGGCGAGCGAGUCGGAGUUUUCCUGAGUUUCCCCCCUCCCCCCGAAGGGGGACCUCCGGGUGGCGUCCGGCCGGACGUCGCCGCCGUCGCCGAGCGAUUCGACGGUUCCUGGCCCUCGCUCCUCCCUCGGUCGGCCCAGAAUCCGUGUUCGCUCAGUGUUUUGACGUGUGUAUACGUGUGAGUAUGUGUAAUCGCGUAGGGGCGAGAGGGAGAGAGGGUCCCUAGGGCUGCUUUCCGUCAAGGGAGUCGAAGACCUCUUCUAGUCUACCGCAUUUACACGAGAUUUUUUCAUGGCUUUUGGAUAUUACUUUUGAGAACGCAUGACGAUCUCAAGGUACGGACGAACGAGCGGUCGUCGAGUUACGAAGGAGAUUCGGUGAUGCCAAAGGCAAAGCGAUCCAGAGGAAAGACCUUUGGGAGGUAGACAUGGGAGCGGAGGUGUUGCGAACCUCUAGGAGAAUUGAUUUAUGCCUCAGAAGUGGCAUCGUGAGAUGGGAUUGAGUGUAAGAGCCGACGGUCGGUCCAAGAGUAAUCCAUGUACUGGAAGAAUCCAGGAAUCGAAGAUGUAACUUGGAACGCUUUGUGAUUUAUUCUACAUGGCCAAGAGCAAUAACGUGACCUCUUAGUAGGAACGAAUAGAAUGGAAGUUCUACGCGAAUAAGCAAGGAUUUCUACGGAAGCGCACGAGGAGACUAAACGAAAGGCACAACGUGAACACUUAUCUGCUAAAUGGGCACAAAUGUCUAGCUUAACCUUAGCUGCCACUACUAUCGAGAUGCCCCUCUCAAGAACGAAUCCGUUCCAUUCAUCUCGUGUAACCGGGAACGAAAACGAUCACCAUCCAGCUGGUGGGUCAACGCUGACCGCCACCGUGGAUAUGCCUCUUUCCAGGCCGAAUCCGUUCCACUCGUCUCGUGUGUCGGCGAACGAGAGCGAUCAUCUUCCACCUUUGAAGGCGAGUGGUUUAGUGCCGAAGCAAGGAGAGUCACCGACGAGCCAUCAGACCCACACGGGUCACACGGCGGGGACGCACCUGCCUAGUUUAGGAUCGAGUACGAACAAUAGCCUGCAAAAUUUAACUAGCAAUUUGGAUAGUUUGAAUUUGAGCCUAAGCUCGCAUACCAGUCACACCAGCCACACCAGCCACAAUAGCCAUAAUUCCAGUCACAAUUCUCACUCUCAUCCGAGCAGUCAAUCCGGUAGUCCGAUGGUUAAGAACGGGCGCUCCGAUGAGAAUACCAGUGGAGGAAAGCCAAAAAUUGCAACGGUUACGCCAGAAAUAGUAAUGAAGCUGUACAUGAACAAGUUGACACCCUAUGAGCACCAUGAAAUAUUUAACUACUCCCAGAUCUACUUUAUUGGAGUAAACGCGGAGAAAAGGCCGGGCAUUAUAGGGCAUGAAAAUAAUCAUGCCUAUGACAACGAUCAAGGAUCAUACAUUCACGUACCUCAUGAUCACGUUGCUUAUAGGUACGAAGUGCUAAAAGUGAUCGGCAGAGGUUCCUUCGGACAAGUGGUCAAAGCGUACGACCACAAGACGCAUGAGCACGUCGCUUUAAAGAUGGUGAGGAACGAAAAGAGGUUUCAUCGGCAGGCUCAGGAGGAGAUCAGAAUACUUCGGAAUCUCAGGGAGCAGGAUAAGAACAACACGAUGAACAUCAUUCAUAUGUUCGACUCGUUCACUUUCCGUAAUCACAUGUGCAUUACCUUCGAGCUUCUCAGCAUUAAUUUGUACGAGCUAAUCAAGAAGAACAAGUUCCAAGGAUUUAGCCUACAGUUGGUUAGGAAGUUCUCCCACUCGUUGCUUCAGUGCCUGGAUGCACUCUACAAAAACAAAAUCAUACACUGCGACAUGAAGCCUGAGAACGUUCUGCUGAAGCAGCAAGGGCGCAGUGGCAUCAAGGUGAUAGACUUCGGCUCGAGCUGCUACGAGAGCCAGCGAGUCUACACGUACAUCCAGAGUCGGUUCUACCGAGCGCCGGAGGUGAUCCUGGGCGCGAGAUACGGGAUGCCGAUCGACAUGUGGAGCCUGGGCUGUAUCCUGGCGGAGCUGCUGACGGGGUUCCCCCUGCUCCCGGGAGAGGACGAGGCCGACCAGCUGGCGUGCAUCAUCGAGCUCCUGGGGAUGCCGCCAAAGAAGCUGCUGGACUCGGCCAAGCGGACGUGGCAGUUCAUCAGCUCGAAGGGUAACCCGAGGUACUGCACCGCCACGACGAUGGCGGACGGCUCGACGAUCCUGAGCGGAGGGCUCUCGAGGCGGGGCAAACACCGGGGACCGCCCGGCUCCAGGGAGCUGAAGAGGGCCCUGAUGGGCUGCGACGACCCGCUCUUCCUGGACUUCAUAAGGCGCUGCCUGGAGUGGGAUCCGGAGCAGAGGAUGACGCCGAGCAAGGCGCUCAGGCACGCCUGGCUCAGGCGGAGACUGCCCAGGCCGCCUGGAGAGAAGACCGAGAGCCAGCCUGCCGGGCAGCAGGCCCAGGCUCCGCCGACGGGGCUCAGGACCCCCGCCUCCGGGAGCAGGAGUUCCAGCAAGACCAAUACCAUAGGCUCCGCCGGGAUGACCAACAAGCUGAAGCAGCUCAUCGACCAUCGGGCCUCCACCAUCCACUCGCGGCACUCGGAGCUCGUCGGCGACCUGGUCCAAGACCAGGAGACCGCCCGGGUGGACCUGCAGGAGGUCUUCCGUGGGCGCCGCCAGAAGCCCGAGAGCAACCAGACGAAUCAGUAUUCGCGGCACCUCUUCCACAAGAACCCACCCGGCACGCUCAGGCCCGGCCAGUACAAGGACGAGCUGUACGACGAGGCGAGGAAGUACCUUUUCAACAUGUGAGGCCGACCCUGCCGCUCGGACUCGUCCUCCGCUGAUCUCGUCCUUGGCCGCUGAUCGGCCCGCUACGUGGACACCCGGGACCCGGGUGCUUCCCUGGGCCCGGUCCCGGUGGCGGCCGCGGCUCGGUCGUCCGCUACGCGGCCCUCGUGGGAAUCCUGCGGCGACUCGUUCUCCGCUCCGCAAAGAGAGGCCGCGACGACGGAACGAAGACGGAUGCUUCUCGAGGCGUCGAGCUCGCGUCCUGGGAUGCUGCUAUGCGAGGUGUACAGGCAGAAUUUAGGGCCGGGAUCGGAGUCCUGCAUGGGAGAUUUACGAACGAUGCGGUCGGAUUCCUGCGAUCGGACGAAUUCUGCCCCUCGAGGCCUCCUCGUAGACGAGGAGCUGAGUCGUCUCGGGCUCUUGGGAGCGACGUAGAGGUCCUUGAAACGAUGCGAGGGAUUUCGAGGACCGCGCCUCGCGAGAUCGCGCGUUUCGAUCAGGGAUUACUUGUCUCCUCUGUGGACGAGACGUCGAGAGGACGGAGAUGCGAUUCCGGCCGAAAGAAGAUCGGGUCCUCGUGAUUGUUCCCGAAGAGGCCGAGCCUAGACGCGCGGCGUUCGCGUUCCUCGAUGCUUCUUAAAUCUCUCUCUCUCCCCCUCCGUCUCGCUUCGUCUCUGUGUUUGCCUGGUCGCUAACUCGGGAGCCUUUGCAGCCCAUUAUACUGCCACCGCGAUGCGAAGUGGACCCCUCGAGGGCACUUCGAUGGUAGCUGCACGCCUCGCGAGGAAGUGGCUAUGCAGAUCCGAAGGAGAACGAAAUCGCUUUGUCGUGCGUCAACUGUUUGGACAAUCCGGGGCUCGAGCCGUGAAGGUGGUCUUCGGGGCUUCCUGGUUAUUUUUCGAAGCAUGCAGCGGUCGCUUCGACGACGGUGAUUUUCGCGAACAAGAUGGCUGAUGGAUGCAUUCUCGCUCCGCCGAGCAUGCUUCUCCCCUUUUGGUUAGAAAUGUUUAAUUCAAAAACCUAGCUCGGAAAUACGGCCGAUAUUCCAUGGAGUCAUCGAUGCGCGUUUCGCAAACGUCUCUGAGGUCGAAUACAUUUCUGCGCGGCCGAACUGGCAUUGAAUUAAAUUGGCGUUGAUUUAAAUUGCACGCCUUUGGGAACCCGCAAUUGCGAAGUGGCCUCUCGUUGCGGGAAGCCAUUCGUACGGCUUGCAGAAGAUUCCGCGGACCAUCUUCGACGCAGCUCAUUGUUUUCCGGAAAGUUUUCACGACCCUUCCGGAGCCACCCUCGUUGAGGGAGAUUUACCUUCUUACCGGAUGUCGUUAUUUGGAGCGGAAACCGCGUAACGCGUUUAGUGUGGAAAUUUUUGGGCCAGGCGCCGGGAACGACGAGCUCUCCUCGUUGCUCUUUUCUCGUCCAAAAUUGGCGUUGAAGUUAAGUGCGAUUUUCGAGUAUCAAGAUCCUGGCUAGUUACGGGUUCGAAACUCCGCUUCACGGCGUGCGUACAAAUAGUUAAUCUUAGAACAGGUCUGGACUUAGUUUAAUUCGACGCAACACUGGAUUCAUGCCAGAUCAAAUUAGAGGAAACACAUGCUAAACGUGCCAUUUCAACGUGAUACGCUCUGCGCGGAUCGAUGCGUGGGUCUGCUUUUAUUUCCAUGGCUGCAGCCGCAGCUGCCGUAAUGAAUUAAAUCUCGCGACGUGGUCCAUGUCGACCCGAGAUGAAGUUUUCCACGUCACGUUCGACCGGUCGGAUGAAAGAUCAAAACGGAUUGGAUCGGACAUUCGGUACCCCAGCUCUUCAUCUUUUAUAGAUCCGUCCGCAGUAUCUCGAUAUAAUCUCCACGCAACCAGAUCCACGGUUAGAGAUAAUUUGGCAAUAAUGACAAGACUAAGUAUCGGCAAUCCUUUAUAGAUCCCACCGAAGGUGCGUCUAUAUUCUCCACGCACGAGACACGUGUCCGUGGAUAAUUUGGCAAUAACGACAUGUCUAAUAGUCGACAAAUCCGGUACCAAACGAAAGACGGAAAUCGCCGUCGUCGGCGGAUCGGGAUGCGGUCUUCUAACCGUGAAUAGUACUCGAAAACGAUCUAAUUUUAGGCGACUCUAAGCGAGCAAAGCGACCAGACAGAAAAAGGCCUAGUGUCGUCAUAGGUGAGGCGAGAAAGAGAGCAAGAAGGGCGAGAGAGAGAGAGAGAGACGUUAAAAGAAGCAGCAGAGAGCGGGCGCAAAGAAAGGGGUAUAAGGAUUGCAAAAGGAUUGCAAAACCGAAAGACCGGGGUAGGGAAGGGAAGGGGGGGCGAACGCAUCUUUGCGAUCGAGCAGAACGGACGCCGCGAGAAAUGCAACGUCGACGGGCGUAAAGAGAAAUCACGGAAAACGGAGCCGAACGUGCGAGUUAAACGUAAGCGGAACACUCGCCCGGGCUCGGCGAGACACGGACGCAAGGAACGAUGCGAAGAGGAAUUAAAAAGGAAAAGAAAGGAAAAAGAAAAACAUGGGGACACCGAGAACGAUAUGCGCAGACGGAGGAACUGAUUAACAAAAAUAGUUCAAUCGUGAUACGGAACAGGAUGUCUUGUGAUAUGGAAUGUAGAUUUAUCGUGGUUUAUAUUGAUGAACAUAGGUAAAAUGCGAGAAAUUGUACAUAUACGUUGCGCAGGUGUAUAGGAUAGGCGUGCGUGCCCGCGCGUGCGCGGCCACACGCUCUCGGCGGACACGCGCGCGUCUUCGGCUUGUACGCCGGCUAAUCGAGGAGAGUGUAAAACGUCUAGCGUAUGUAAAUGAAGUUAAGGUUUGCGCUUAGUUACGGCAUAGUGAAUUAUCGGACGAACGCGUAGUACGGAACUCGCACGAGCGAACGGAGUUUCACGGGCGAGAGGUGAGACGGGGAAUCGUUGUACGAGUCCUAGAUCGCGGAUCGUGUCACGAUCGACGACGCCGAUCUUUCCUCCUCCCGUUUCUGCUUUUUCUCCGAUUUCCCCCCUCCUUCCCCUCGGCGCCCCGGUAACCCGUGUACACCCUCGAUGUGUUCAUACACGGGAGUGGCCACUGUGCGACGCGGGAAGAAAAAUCGACCGCACCUGACAGCCGCCACGCCCGAAUUCAUUGUAGUGUCGAGACGAGGGCGAUCAUCGAUACGUACCCUGACGGCUCGUCGAUAAGUUGCGGAUGCGCGACCGGUCUAAGAUCUGAUCUACCCGCGGAGAGGCGGGGGUAUAUGUAUUUGUACGUACGUAUAUUUAUAUAUAUACGUAUAUGUACCCACACCUAAUGUCGCUACUAAACGGAGGCGGGCGUUUUUUCUAUGGUUGUACUACUGUUAAAUUUAAUUUAGCGGAGCAUCGAUCGGCCGCCGUUGCCCAUCGUCGGAUGGUCGCGCCCAGAGAAACUCGUCCUAGACUCGUACAGUGCUUUUCUACUACGGUGCCGACAUAAUAGUGAUAGCUCUAGGCUUAACGUGGGUACGCGUCUAACCCGAGACGGACGACUCGGGACCCGGGACCUUUGGUUAGGAUCGAGUGGUCGUGUUCCAAUACUUUCGACGGUCCCUUUUUUUAACCUACCCUCUGGGAGGGCCGGGGAGGGUGCUUUUAUCGCCUGGACGAGCGCCUUCGAAUACCCUUUCCCCCGUCCGUACGCCCGUGGUUGAUCUCAUCGUAUUUACUGUUACGUGGAGGAAGAGUUAGGAAAUAUUUUGCGACUUCGUAGGCGAGCACUUUGGAUUUGAGGGGACGAACGGUUGCGUCCAGGGGGUGGAUUCGUUUGCGGAGCGUUCCGAGCUUCGGCCGGGUGAUUUUAUUUUUUUUUUAUUUUUUUUUUUUAAUUUCAUUUUCUCUCUCUCGUUUUUAGUGUCCCCGCGCUUACAAGUCGGAAGGGAACGUGUAUUUAUUUCACUCCCGCCUCGCGCGGGGCGAUCACGGAAGCGAUGCAUCACGAUUAAGGAUGAACUUGUGAUAGAGCCAACUUUAACGGGUUUCCUCGAUUUUAAUCCCUGAGACUGAAAAUUCACCGGGGAGCGAGCACUAGCGAUCGGUCGCGAUACUUGCUCGCCUUCUUUUUAAAUCGGACUCGCUGGACAACGAUCUCCUCGGUGACACGUUCACCGGGACACGAAGCAAUAAGAGCGACGCUCGAGUCGUUUCCUCUUAAUUUCGCGCGGCUGUUGACCGUCCGAUGAUAUUCGAUAUUUAAAUUGUUCGCGAGAACGGACGUCGAAAUUCCCGGAAUCCAUCCACGCCAGAGAAGAUUGGGAUACGACCUAAACGCCGGUGGGGUCUUGCUAGGACGCGAUUUCGCAUCGACGAGACGAAUAGGACGUGCGUAGGUGAGAAACGACAUACCUGAAGCUCACCUACGCACCCCGGUUAGGAAAUGCUAAAUCAAGUAGGAAUAACGAGGAAAGCUCGCGUGCACGUUUCCAAAUGCGAUUUCUCCCCGAUCUCGUUAGGACUUUGUCGAGCGAUUAAUUCGAAUUAAGCUUUAAUUGUACCCGAAUUCCUCUGGGAGGAACCCUUACACCCUCUUUGGCGGUCGUUCGGUCCAUGUACCGAAGCGCAUUUAAAAGUUACACGCGAGUCAUGCACCGUGAUUGCGAUGCACUUAGGUGCCCAUACCGGACGCUCGCCAAAAAGUAAUUAGACAAUGGUACGCGUGAUAUGCAUGUGACGUGCGCUACCCUGCCGGUCAUUCUGGUAUUCACAUCAGACGGUCGCCAAAAAUCGCGAGGGACGGUAUACAUCGUCCCGUGGUCACGCGAUCGACAUUAAGCGACUCGGACAGGAAGACAGCGUUAUAUAGCGCGAGACUAACUACGUAAUAUGAAGUACACGAGACGAGACGGGUUUCGUUAUGACUAUUUUUAAUUCGUUAGAAAUCCUUGAAGCCGCGCUUACGACUUCGUCGUACGCCGCUCGGCGAUGGAGCUCUAACGAAGUCGGCGAGAAACCUUUUUGCGGAAAUUUCGGCGAUCCGGCCUCGGAUGAGGCGACGAGAGCGAUGAUAAGCUAUCGAGAGGAGAAAGGCGACGGGACCUGCCGAUCGGUUUUUUGGUACCUUUGGCGAGACGCGGGGAUGUAUCGACUUUAUUCCAACGAUUGUUGGACUCGAAGAGACCCUCGCAGGGACCUGGCCUUUGAUUUAACUUGUUUUCUCGUUCCUCGGAUUUUAUCGAGUCUCGAUGUCGUCUCGCAGGCCUGCUCCCCAUAGUUUCCACCACCACUGCCGAUACACGCCGACUCGAUAGUCUAUACGGUUAAAGAGGCGACGCACGACCUCCCCGAAUCGCGAUACUCCGGCGAUUCGGAUCCCGCCGAACUCGCGGCGAAAUGCGGAAAUGGAAUUGGGAAAGAGCGAUACGAUCGAAGGGACAUGCAUCGGUUUUAAUUACCGCGAGGUCUCGAUAGGACGCGCUAAUCGAUUUCGUUCGAACGGGUCUCGAGUGUCGGGCUUGAGACGACUUAUCGCAAAAAUUCUCGCGGUUUAUUAGUUUCACUCGUUUCCUCGAUUUCCGGAGAAAGUCCUACACCCUCGUGGACCUUUUCUACCGUCAUCUUUUUAUACAUCGACCGAUGUUAUUAGCGCUUCCCGCGCGGUACACCGUGAGAGAAAUUGCACGCUCUUUCCGGAUCGCGGCCCUCGUAAUUCAGCUUCGAGUGCAGGAUAAUCUGUCAUGUGUCGAUGGUAUCAUUUCGCGGAUUCCUCGCGGUCUGGCCGCGGAACAAUCGUCCCGGAUGAAAAUUCACCGAGCGCCGGAGAGAUCUCGCCGAGACUUCUCCGGCCCUCCUCGCGGUGGAAAUGAAACGAGGAAGAAUGUAAAUCGAGGAGACUUUUAUCGAUUUUAAAAGUAUCCCGGGAUCCCGAUACGGAAUGUCAAUCGAUUUCACUCGACCGGGUCUCGGGUAUUAGAUUCGGAGCGACUUCUCCACGAAAUCUGGUUUUUAUUAAUUUUACUCCUUCACCCGAUUCCAGCGCGGCGUCCUUCGCCUCGUAGACCUCUUUUUACCUCCUCUCUUCUUCAUUUUUUCUCUCUCUCAUCGAUUUCCACCACCACCGACGAAAUAUACCGAUUCAUUAAGCAGGGCGUCAACGAGAGCGCGGAAAUUCAACGCCAAGGUCGGCACUGUCGAAAUGACGUUGGCAGACGAAAAGGGAUUUUUCAUUUAGCGGGGUAAUCAGCGCCGUAAAAGGAAGGUAAUGAAAUGAAGGAUGUAACUGACGGAAGGUCAGGAGUAAGUUAGGCGUAAUCUAAGUAGUUUAAUAAAAAGCCAACUCACGCCCGAGGUGAGCCAUUGAGAGAAAACAAACACACAAUUGAACUGAUCAGAGACUGUAUUACGUUUCUAUGUGUAUAUGCGUAAGCGUUUGUAUAAUAAACUAUUUCGUAAAUUAAGGGUAAGUCACAAAUGUAAACACGGCGGAUUCGUUAUAAAGUGACUCAGCCUUCUUUCCGCGGACUCGUGUCACGCCCUCGGAUUUUCCUUCGCGAAUGGAAAACGAAAAUCUGGUUAUCCCCUGCAGGGAAAAAAAAUUGAAAAUCGAAGCAGCUCAUCCGAUCUGCGAUCGGUCGUAACACGUAGCUAAAGCGUUGCAGAUACAUCUCGUCCUGCAUGACUCGUUGGACGAGCAUUUGCACAAACCAUCCUCAAACUGGGAUUGCGAUCAAACGACGGAAAUUUAACCGACUAAACGACGACAAAGCUGGAAACGGGCGCAUUUGGGGGCGAUUCGAUGGGGAAGAGGGAUUAAUCCAGGGGCGAUGCACGACGAAAAAAAGGACUCGAGUCACUGUAUAAGUACCUUGUCGUACUCGGUUUGUAUACACGCGUGUGCACGAAUUCUUGCACUCUCGGGGGGCGAAUCGCGAGAGUCCUGCGAGACACUAAUAAUAUUGGUAAAACAGUAGAUGAUAAUCGCGACGGCGAACGACGAGAACGGCGAGGAUGAGGACGAUGACGUUUACAGUCUACUUAAUCGUAAUUGGAAUUAAACGACUUAGGUAAGCGGUUAAUGAUUAUGUAUAGGAGACGAUAAAUUCUGGGUAGAUCGUAGGGUAAUCCAUCGUUAGCGACGAGGACGACGCAUUUAAUAUUCUCGAUCGAGCGACUAAUGAGAGGGAAAAAAAAAAGGAAAGAAAUAAACGACGACCCGUCCAGCGCCUCCACUCUCGUUCUACGUCUUACCGUUGCGCGUUAACGUAAGGAUUAUGUCGGAUUUCGCGUCCUUGAAGGUCCGACGUACACCGCUCGUAAUAAUCGUCGAUCGAGUAGCCUCGUGACCCAGCCGGCUCUGUCGAAGCGGGGAAACGUUACCCUGGAUCAGCUGAUUUUGACAGCUACCCCCGCGGGUCGGACGCCGACCCCGGAUUCCCGGAGAAAGAGGGAAAACACGCAGAGACGAGCGCACAUUAUUUCCAAUGUAAUUCUGAAUCGAUUUCGUAUUCAAACUCCGACGCGCUCGGCGGGGAUGGGCAGAUUUUAAUUUAAUUAAUGAUUCCGCCGCACUUCGUUUUAAUCAAAUUACGAAUGACUCGCGAACGAGCGAUCGCGUAGUCGGAUGGGAGUACGCGUACACUUCGUGGACACUUUUAUAAAGGAUUUAUGGAGCAAUCGAGCGAUAGCGCGAGAUUAUCCCGAGAGAAUCUCGCGCGGCCAUCUCUUGCGCUCCGUCGAAGGCGCGGAAAGAAUUGAGCAUAAUUGCACAGUAAUUGUACAUGACCCUCGGACGUUUUAAUAUCAGUGAUAUUUGAAAACAAAGACUUUAACGUGUACCUAGUAGAGAUUUUUUUUUCUCCGUUAAAUUAUGUGAAUCUGCCUGCAAAGUGGGGACACGGUGAUUUUUUCACCUAAAUUUUUAUCCUAAAUUUUCGUAUCCCGUACUUCGGCCUCGUUGCGGAACUUCGUGUCCACGUGGGAAGGUGCAAUCUGUAGUUUGCUCAUACAACUAUUACGUAGCGAUUUAGUCAAAAGCAUGCUAUAAAUAUUGGUCAAUAUAAAUUCUCAAGCGUCAUUCAAUUGGUACCGAUUGACAGGAGGAAGAUGGCAGUAGCUGUCCGUCAAGCUAGUCAGAAAAUAAAACCCCUCGGUUGGGACAACUCGGAAAGGUUCUUCAAAUUGCAUAUUUAUUUCCGUUCGAGCGCACGUCCCCGCUUCGCAGGAAGAGGCCGAUAGAACUAAUCGAAUCGUGAUGCUCACUUUGUUCCUAAUGUAAGACUCGCAAAGGUGAUCGCGCAAAGAGAUCUCUGCUUUUUUUUUUCCCUGCGACGAUUCAGGGGGAGAUUCCCCGUUUUGGCAGGUUCGGUCCCACCUGUGAUUCGCGAUCGGUCCACGAUCGACGCACCCCUUUUCCCCCUAUAUGUUACACUGUCCGCUCCGGCUCUAACGCUAGUCCGUCUUUUAAGAGUUUAUUUAACCCUCGGCACCGUCGCCUGUUUCCUUUGAAAUCUCACCGCCGUGACAAAAGGCGACAAUCGUCCUACGGUCAUCGCCUUCGCGAAACUCACUGCCCCCGGUUGCAUUUUCGAGCAACUUUGCAUUUCGCCGAGGUCUCGGCGAGGCAGUUGCCCGCGCCUACAUCUUCCGUGGAAAUCGCAAGUAACGGUCUUGCGACGAUAGGCAUUUACCUUGCCGCCUUUGCUUGGUGCACUCGCUAACGUGUCGUUUGCGCUCAAGCCGAACAUACCGAAUAUCGACAGGUGGAACACGUACCACCUAAUCCGGCGCAAAUUCGAAACCAUUGUAAAGCUGACCACACGUGAAAGCAUUUUGAUAAAAUCCGAUCGAGCGGAGAGAAGAAACUGUCCUCGACGCGCACUUUUUCACGAGUGAUCUUCUAAAUCUCUGUACACUGUACCGUACCCAGAUCUCCGCCUUCGCAGCGAAUCGACCUGCCUUGGGAAUUACCCUAGACCUACAAAAUUAGUGUUCCGUAGGAUAGGAUCAAUUAGGCGCAUUCGUACGAUCCGUCCCAUUCGAAGAUAUACGUAUGUAGCCAGUAGAGCGGUGCGAUCGAAUAACUACUAAGGCUGGGAAUGUUAUUAAUAAUCCCCUUUUGUGAGACCAACGCGGUCGUUGUACAUAUCGUAUCGAUUGAUACUACACGGUCUCAUCCCUUGUGAUUUUUCGUGGCUUCGCCGACACUCUAAUAAAGUACACCCCUCGUGUCUCGGUCCGUUUAUUCGGGGGUUCCAUUUAAAGUAACUCAUCAAGGAAUCGUAAAAGAUAACGCGACGGACGCUAAUUGAAAUUGAACACGAAGGACAGAACGUGACCCUCGCACCGCGUUGUAAGAACCGGAUGUAUGUGUACACCAAACCGUGUCAAUUGCAUCGACAAACGACAGCGUAACGCGCCCUCGGAAUUUAAUCAUGAAAUUUCGACACGGGGUAAUACGAUCGCAUGUGCAUGAUUUUACAUAUCGUGUUAGUUCGGUCCUGGACUCGGGCCGGUCCGUUAGGGCUCAGCGUAAUUAUAGUUUUCCGAAAUUUCACUCUACGUGGUGAUCGUUCGUUUCCACAGUCAUUUUAGAAGAUACAUUCAAGGAAGCCCAGAACCAUCCUAAGUGAGAUGGAUGAGACGUCGCGAAUACGAAGGCUCGCUUAGGCGGAGAUCUGGCGGACUUAGAGAAAUAAACGUUGUACCGCGACACAUGGGUUUUACUCGAAGACGCGAAAUCCCGAGCGAAGGUACGAGCGUAAGAGAAAACUCGAGCGGAUAAAAAGAAAUGAGGUGGAAGGAAAAAAAGAAAAGGAAAAAGCGCGCGCAAACGCACCGCCACCCUCUCUUACGUAUAUCAUUUUUACGCGGUAAGUUAGAAUUACGAGUUUCAUUUAAGUGACAAUGCAAAGUUUGAUCUCUUACUCGUACAUACAAUACUACUAUAAAUAUUUACGUGUAUCGCGUGCGAAAGCGGAAAAAAGAGAGAGAGAAAAAAAAGAGCGAGUUUCGAAGGUGGGAGGAGGAGAGAAGACGAGACGAGAAAAAGAAUCAAGACACGUGGCGAGUGAUGACUGCCGAUUAAACGACGUCAGAGAUGUUAGCGCAGUUUGACGUUUUCACAAGGUCGUCGGGACGACCGUCUCGAUGACGUCGAGGCGACCCUUUUUGAUUUUUACGAGCCCCCUCUCGUCGGAGAGCCACCGAGACGAAUGACACCUAGGUAAGGCGCGCGUAUGAGCGGAGGACCGAAGAUUAGGAAGUACGAGAUAUGUGUAUAUGUACCCCCCCCCCCUCCUCCUUACUGUAACGUUUUUCGCUACGAGUCACAGAGACAUGAGUAUCUGAUUUUUUAAAACCGCUCCGACUUGAUUAAGAAACGAAUAAACGCUGCUUAUGACAGUUGA